AUGGUCAAGGGAAGAACUCUGCCUUUCAAAGUUGGACAGUUAGCUGAGGCAAGGACUUUUGAGAAGGGUUAUCUUGGUGCAUGGUUUCGAUGCAAGAUAAGAAAGAUUGGCUCAAGAAAAGGGCGUAUUGGACAAGUCUUCGUAGAAUAUUUAGACUAUGAAGGUCCAGAAAAAGAGUGGGUGAAGCUAUAUGAGGUACCUGUUCAUUACAGUGGAAAGCUGAAAAAGGAACAAAGUAUAUUGAUGUUAAGGCCGCCCUAUCCACCUGUCUACCAUGAAAACCAAAUGCCUAAUGUCAAUGAUAUUUCAGAAGUGACGGUAAUUAUGGAUGAUGCAUGGAAGGUGGGGAAUUUGGUUGAUGGGUUGGAUACUGGUUGCUACUGGUCCGGAAGAAUAAUAGAGUUAUUAGAUGAUGGCAAGGCCAAGAUUAAGUCGCCACCACCACCUAUGGGUGAAGGCUUAACUUAUGAAUUUUCUCUUGAGGAUCUACGCCCUUCUUUGGACUGGUCUCCAGAAUAUGGUUGGACUGUGCUUACUCUGGGUGGUGAAACUGAUCAGCCUUGUGCUCGGCUUAUUAAACCUGGAGAUCAGGGUCAAGAAACAGAGGCUGGUAAGGUGAAAGCUGCAUCAUCACCCAACAUAUCCCUCUCUUCUCGUAGUUUAGUCAAAUCUUUAGCAGACUCAGAAGAUUUGAAGGGCAACGAAGCAAGGGAGUUACAUGAACUAUCUUUGAGAAACACUGUUCCAAAGGAAGUGAAGGACACUCGAGAAACAAAUUUCAUCUUAGCUGGUGGGGGCAGUAGUACAAGGAAAACACAUUCAUCAGAUACUAAUUCUACUUCACAUAUUAGAGUAAUUCUAGCUGAACCUACAACUGAAGUUGCCGAGGGGCACCCACAUCCACUGAAGAAGUACCGAGCUAGCGGAGGGAUGACCUUAAAUUCCAUGCGCUCCCACAAAUUGGAGGCAGCAGUAUUGGACUUGGAGGAACUUGUUAACAAAGUCAAAUGGCUCAAGUCAAUUUUAGAAUAUGGGAUUCCUUUGUCCAAUGCUGCAAGGCCUCAAUGGAAAGUUAUGGAACACAUUGCUUCCUCAUCAAUGCCAAAAUAA